UCUCAAGUUUCUUUCUGAUACCAGCGAUCAAAGCGCCCGUCGCGCGUACUGAGUUCGUGAGGUAAAGAAGUCGUUUGAACCGUUCAUGAUUUGACACGGCAAGAUUGUGGGUGCAGCCUCGAUUAAAUCGUUUUGCGCUCAGACAUUGCUGACCAGGAAUAUAUCAUAUUGCAAGUGAUAUGAAGAAGGAAAGACCGUGACAGAAGGAAUUUGAAGACAAGUGUAGCCCCGGUGAAUGCAGGAAUAUGCCUUCAGCUACCGGUGGGACCAACCAAAUAGGGCAGCAAAAGGGAGGAGGGAAUAUGCCCAGUAAUGAAGAAUGUGGAAUCAGAGAUGUAUGGGGACAUAAUCUAGAAGAGGAGUUUCGUACAAUUCGUCAAGUCGUACAACAAUAUCAGUAUAUCGCAAUGGAUACAGAAUUUCCAGGUGUUGUAGCUAGGCCUAUUGGAGAAUUCAGAACCAAUGCCGACUAUCAAUACCAGCUCUUACGUUGCAAUGUAGAUCUUCUACGAAUAAUUCAACUUGGUCUCACAUUCCUUGACGAAUCGGGGAAUACGCCGGGCGGUAGCUAUACAACAUGGCAAUUUAAUUUUAAAUUCAACUUACAUGAAGACAUGUAUGCACAGGAUAGUAUAGAUAUGCUACAAAAUAGUGGUAUACAGUUCAAAAAACAUGAAGAGGAGGGCAUCGAUCCUUUAGAAUUUGCUGAGCUAUUAAUGACAUCAGGAAUUGUUCUUGUUGAUGACAUAAAAUGGCUAUCCUUUCAUUCUGGCUACGAUUUUGGUUACUUACUGAAACUCCUGACGGAUCAAAAAUUGCCACAGGAAGAAAGUGAAUUUUUCGAACUUCUUAGGAUAUACUUUCCGACGAUAUAUGAUGUAAAAUACUUAAUGAAAUCGUGCAAGAACUUGAAAGGCGGUUUACAAGAAGUAGCAGAACAGCUGGAAAUUCAAAGAGUAGGUCCUCAGCAUCAAGCCGGCUCCGAUUCCCUUCUUACUGGAAUGGUCUUUUUUAAGAUGCGAGAAAUGUUUUUCGAAGAUAAUAUUGAUGAUGCAAAGUAUUGUGGACAUCUAUAUGGUUUGGGAACGUCAUUUGUCAUGAACGGAUCUGGCGGAUAUAUGGACAGUAAUGGAGAUAAUGCCUCGACGUCGUAAUGUUAAAGAAAGAAUCAACCGUAACAGAGAGAUUAUUUCAUUACAAAUAAAAUGUUAUAAAAAAGUCUUUUCACUUAAUGAUGAAGUGUAUGGUUCAUAUCCGCAAUAUUAUAUUGACAUCAUUGCUGUAGGUUCCAUUCGCGAAAAACAAUUUAGACGUGUCUCUUUAAGAUCUCUCUCCUUUUUUUAAUUCUUUUGAAUUCUUUCUGUGACUUUUAUAGAUUUCUUCUGUGAUACGUACCAUCAAUUGAAAAGAUUUACAACAUUGAACAGCAUAAAAAAUGUAAUAUAAUUUUUUGUAAACAUUUGGACAAUAUUGAUAUAAGAUACCGUCGCAGUACAAAAAUUCCAUAAUUUCCCCUACUUUUAAGAUCCUUACAUACAUAACUACUCGAAUGAUGCAUAAAGAAAACGAGAAAAUUGCUUAACACACAUACCCAAACCAAACAUAAUUUACAGCUAAAUGUAUUAGUAAUGUUCGAUGUGUUCGACAUUUACAGGAAUAUUUCGUGAAUAACCGAUUUUUUUGCAACUUGUUACAAACAUUAAGCAGAUAUACAUCUCAUUAUCGUAUAUGAAUAAUACGAUUAAUAAUGAAAAGAUGUGUUUCUCUCUCUUGUUGUAAAAAAAUAUUGAAUCGUUGAAUAUGAACUCGUCGAACAUUAUUAAUGCACCCUAUACUAUGCAGACGUAUCUAUUACUGUUAAUAUGUAUAUUUAUUCUAUGAUGCAUUUGUAGCGCGAUACACAUUUUAAACGCGAAAAAUUCGUAUAUACAUUUUAAAAAACUGCAAUGGAGGGAAGUACACCGUUUGUAGGCUGUCCGCGAUUUUAAGUUGAAUAUAUAAAAUAUAUUAAUAUAAGAGCAUCAUACAUUUUUAUUAUGCAUAUAACGGAUACCGUAAGUGAUGCGUUAAUGUAAAAAAAGUAAUACGACUUUAAAGAUGAAGUAGCCUUCAUAUAUAAUAUUUGCUUAUAUACUGCACGUGUUUUAUUGUAAAACCUGUCGUCCUCAAGAAUGCAA